AUGUCAAGUGGAAUCUGUGUUCAUUCAGUUAGUCCUCAGUCACUGAUAACAGCAGAAACUUCAGAAGGAUCAUCCCGUGAAAGUCACGUAGCCCUCCAAAGCACAGAUAUCCAGAUGGCGGGACUAGCCAUAAAUUCUGAGCAACGUGACUCGACAGAGCAAGGACCUGAAAGCCCUGAUGAUGUCAAGGAUGUGGAAGACUUGGGGAAUGACAGGGAAGAUAGCAAUUUGGUUAUGCUUGGUGUGAGGUCACUGCAGGUGACUGCUCACCAAUGCUUGGCACCUACAUUUGACUGUCCUGAAUCAGAAGACAAAAAGUAUACAGUGGACAUAAGGUUUUCCAAUGAUUUUAAAGAAAUAGAACUCAUUGGCUCGGGUGGAUUUGGCCAAGUUUUCAAAGCAAAACAUAAAAUUGACGGAGAGACUUACAUUAUUAAACGAGUUAAAUAUGACAAUGAGAAAGUGGAGGAUGAGGUGAAGGCACUGGCAAAACUCAAUCAUGUGAAUAUUGUUGGCUACAAUGCUUGUUGGGAAGGAACUGAUUAUAAUCCUGAGAGCAGUAAUAACGAUAUUGAGAGCAGUGAUUUCCAGACUGAGUACAGUGAUAUCUUUAUUGACAACAGCAUAAAUGAAUCAAGAUCAACGACUAGGUGCCUUUUCAUCCAAAUGGAAUUCUGUGAUGGAGGGACAUUGGCUAAAAGGAUUGAUGACAGAAGAGGAAAGACACCAGACAAGGAUUUGGCUUUGGAACUCUUUGAACAGAUAACAACAGGAGUGGAUUAUAUCCAUUCAAACAACUUAAUUCAUAGAGAUCUUAAGCCAAGUAACAUAUUUUUAGUAGGUGAAACACAAAUAAAGAUUGGAGACUUUGGACUUGUAGCAUACAUGAAACAUAAUGGAAAGCGAACACAUAAUGCAGGAACGUUGGGAUACAUGAGCCCAGAACAGAUUUCUUCCCAAGAAUAUGGAAAGGAAGUGGACAUCUAUGCUUUGGGGCUGAUUCUUGCUGAACUUCUUCACAUACCUGGCACCCAUAUGGAAAAAGGCAAGCUUUUCAGCGAUCUAAGGAAUGGCAUCUUCUCAGAUAUAUUUGAGACAAAAGAAAAAAGUCUUCUAAAGAAAUUACUCUCAAUGAAACCCAAGAAUCGACCUAACACAUCUCAAAUACUGAAAACCUUGGAUAUAUGGAAGUUUGGUCCAGAGACAAGGGUGAUAAUCUCAUCUCCCUUCUGA